CUAAUGCUUUUUAUGUGUACAUCCCGGUUUGAUCUCAAGGAAGAACAGAGGGCAAUGAUCAAUGAGUAUCUCUCCUAUGAAGAGGUACAGGCGGACAGAGAGGAAAAAGACACCAAAGCAAGUGAAUUUGAUCCAAUUAGUGAUAAUGAGGAAGAUGAUGAGGGGGAUUUGAUCCAGAUACAGCAAAUUAGCCAAGUUCCAGGUGGAAAGAGCCAGGGGAAGCAGCAAAGGAGUAUUGCAUCUAUGCCAGAGGGAGGCUGUGAAAAUGAGGAUGAUGAGCCUACUCUUCCACUCCCACAACAGCGCAUGUCAGGGAGAGUUCGGAAACACCCGAGACUUCUUGAGGGGUAUGAGGUUCAAUAAGAAAUUAAGAAUAGUACUGUAGCUAGCCUUAGUCUAAAAGAAUGAAGUCUUGUCACCUGAUCAAUAUCAAUCACAGAAAUCUUCUUUCUACUGUCAAUAUGUGAUGAUGUAACUGUAAAUGAGAUACACAUAAUUACAGCCAAGGCCUGCAUAAAUUAUGCAGGACAUGAGUCUCCACUGUUUGUCUUGUUUGAUGACCCGCGGGUAACCCGCGGGUCACCCUCGGAGGGUCAAGACCUGACCUGGACCCUCACUGCGGGUAAGAGAGCCAGACCCUCAACCCUCAAAAUGAGGGUAUUAGGGUGACCCUCCGAGGGUUACCCGCGGGUGAGGGCGAGGUCUAGA